AUGGCUUCGGUGCUUUUAAACGCGUUUAAUACCACGAAUACGAAUACGAAUACACAACAAUCCAAUUUAACCGUCUGGAACCGAACGAUAUCCAAAGCGGAUGCGUUGAAAGCGAACGGCGCUCACGUCUGCGAAUCACCGAAAGAACUCGCGAAAAACGGCCAGUGUUCAGUCGUGUACGCGAUGUUAGCGGAUCCGAAAGCGAGCGUGAUGGUCGCCGAGCAGUUCGCGGAAGGGUUGAGGGAAAAGAAGAUGCAGAGGAAGCAAAGGGAGAUGUCUGUCACCAGAGAUACGGAGGAAAGCGACGACGUGAUAACGUACGUGGAAAUGUCCACGAUCGACGCGCAAACGUCCGAGAACAUAAAGCUGGUCAUCGAGAGAGAUCAAAUGGCAGAAUAUUUAGCGGCACCAGUCUCGGGCGGUCAGAAAGAUGCGAAAGAAGGCGAGUUGUUGAUCUUAGCGGCGGGAGCGAAGGAAGCGUACGAAAAGUGUUUAAUCGACUUUGACGAGAUGGGGAAACAGUCCUGGUUGAUGGGUCCGGAGUGUAAAAACGCCACGGACGCGAAAAUGGCCUUACAGAUUAUGAUGGGCGGUCAAGCCGCCUUGUUAGCCGAAUGCCUCGCGUUUUGCGAAUAUACUGGAGUGGACGAGAAAGUCUGGUUCGACGUCCUCGAUAAAGGCGUGAUGAUGAACCCGUUGUUGCGAUCGGUCGGCAAUCGAAUGUUCAAAGGCGUCGAAAACAACCGCACGUGGCCGCAAACGUUGUUCCAACUCUACUUGCAGCAAAAAGAUCUAAAGUUAGCCAUCGAAACCGCGGAAAAAGUCCACUGCGAAGUCCCCGUCGCGAGCGCUGUCCACCAGCGAUACGUAAAAGCGUCCCGGAAAGGACACCAGAACGAGGAUUUCGCCAGUUUGAGAGACGCGUACGACGAGAAAUAA